AGAACAGAUACCAUCAAUUCUUCAUAAGAGAUCAACCACCUACUCCUCUCCUCUCUUAAGAAAUUAAUGCAACACAACGUGGAUAUGGCGACGAGCUCAUCUGAUGUAGCCAUUGAAGGACUGAGGCCGCUUCUGAGUGAUAAGGAAGGUCUGGAUGACAUAGCUGCAGCAAAAAUUGAGAAGUUGACCGCUGAGUUGCAAGAGCAAGAGCAAGAGCAAGAUCAUGAGGAGUGUGAUCCUGUCGAGAGGAUUAAAGACGGGUUUAUUCACUUCAAAAUCCACCAUUUCGACAAGUAUCCAGAUUACUAUAAACAACUUGCAGAAGGGCAACACCCCAAGUUUCUGGUGUUUGCGUGCUCUGACUCCCGCGUUAGCCCCUCUCAUGUCCUCAACUUCAAGCCAGGGGAAGCCUUCAUGUGCAGGAACAUUGCUAACUUGGUUCCUGCAUUUAACCAGUUGAGAUACUCAGGAGUUGGUGCAGUCAUUGAAUAUGCAGUCAAGCAUCUUGAGGUGGAGAACAUCCUGGUCAUGGGGCAUAGUCGCUGUGGUGGGAUAGAGGCCCUUAUGUCUCUUCCUGCUGAUGGAACUACUUCCAAUGACUUCAUCGAUGACUGGGUCAAAAUCGCUUUACCGGCCAAGGCCAAGGUGGAAUCAGAGUGGAGCGACGCAACAUUUGAGCAACAAAUUGAAUAUUUGGGAAGGGAGUCGGUGAAUUUGUCCCUAGUCAAUCUGCUGAGUUAUCCAUAUGUGCGGGCAGCAUUAGCUAAUAAAGCUUUGAAGUUGAUGGGUGGUUACUAUGACUUCGUUAAUGGAACUUUUGGGCUCUGGAAAGCUGAUUUUGAUAUUAAACCGCCAAUUAUCAUAUAAAUUUGGAGCAAGUCAAGCCCCCAACCAACGUGUUUGCUUACUUUUUCACUUCGACAAUGUAGUGUUUUUGUGUUCAAUGAUGAAUAAUUCCCAAGGAAAAAAGACAGAGCGACUUCUAUGCUUGCUCUACUUAUCUUGGUUUCCUCUAUAUGCUGUCUGAAAAUAAUGAAUUUGUUCAUGCUGAUUUUCUUUUCCUUUU